AUGGUAGCGGUGAGUCGGCUGGGAAGACCACAAGUGGAGGAGGUCGCAGGAGGUGUCGCAGUGCAGCCACACGAACACGUCGUCAAGCGAGGCUGGAGUUGCAGGCUGCUGGUUCGGGAACUGAAUCUGAAACUGCCGAACGUUCCGGGAGUGAAUGUGGAGGUAGGAGAACUGGCGAAAGGGCUGAAACUGCCGAACGUUCGGAAGACGAACGUGGUGGUAGGAGAACCAGCGAAUGGGUUAAAACUGCCAAACGUUCGGGAGACGAAUGUGAAGGUAUUGAUACUGCCGACCGUUCGUUUCCCGAACGAGGAGGCAGAAAAACUGCUGAACGUUGGGUUUUUGUGUCCUCUCUUACAGGGAAUGAAGGAGAAGUGGCUGCUGGUGACAGGAGUUCCGGAAAGCGGCCAUUACAGGCAGGGUUCAGCGGAAAAAGGAGGAGCGGUACGGCAGGCUCGGCAGCAGGGCCUGGGAAUGCUCAAAGUGCUGUUGGUGGGUCUCGGUGUUAGCAUGGUUGGUGACGGCAGGGUGGCAGGAGGCAGGCGGGGGACUGCUAGGGCACGGAGCAGACCAGAAGGGUAUAGCGAUACACGAUGCCACAGAGUCUCCUCAGUCAGCGUGCGGGAGUGCAGCGCUUCCCCAGGGUCUCCCAUACGACCGGGCCAGGGCCGACAACAGGUGGGUCAGGUUGUCAGGGAAGGAUCGGAAGGCAGUGCCAGCGAGGAACAUUGCAGAAGGUCUGCACCCUCCAAAGGAUAGCGCGCAGGGCUCUAGCAAAGGGCGCACAGGGUGCAAGGAGGCACCUGUCACGUAGCAGCCAUCGGAGGGUGACUGACGUAGAUGACAGGGACCCCUGUGGGGCUGAUCACACCCAGGGGCGGUGUAGGAUGCCCCCUGUCAGGAUGUUUGGCUGGAGGCAGCAGGAAGACAGUUCCAUGAGUGGGAGUUCCCCAGAGAGAGUGCGGGCUGCUGCGAAGGCUCACGGCCCUCAGGGACGGACGGCUAGUGGGGAGAUGGGUUACAGUUUCCAGGAAGAGAGGGGACAGGGCAGGGUUUCCACGGCCAGCCUACCCAGGAUGUCUUCUCUUUGCAGGUCUCGAAGACGGUCACCCUCGGUGAGGCAGAGAUCCCACGCGUUGAGGACAUCGGGACGGUCGCCGGCAGGCAAGGUGGACCAGGUUGCUGGACAGGCGUCUUCAAGGUCGCCCGCGGAUCGGGUGAGACCCAGCGCUGCGGGAAUACGGCCCGGAGCGGUGGAACGCCUGGGGCAGGACAUCCACAGAGGGACGGGGAUUGCAGUCAGGUUUGGGCUCAGCCAGGGGAGGUCACUGGGUCGAGUGGUGGUUUAGGGGGCCGGGGGCAGCACGGUUGGGGACGGGGGUACGACCCCUGUGGUGGAGGCGCCCGGAUUGGCCAGCGAGAGGGACAAUUUACUUGGGGGUGUCCCGGAGGCCACACGGCAGAAUGUACAUGUUUCUUUCGCGGGCCCAUUGGGCUGUCAUCUAAAACUUGAGGUGAAGGAGAGGAUCUGGAAAGGGGAGUUUGUGGAGCUCUUUUAGCUUCUCCCCCUUGAGGACUACAUUGACCUCAAGGAGGAGGAUAAAAAGAAUGCUAAAAUAGAUGAGGAGGAGAAGAAACGGCGGUAUAGGAAGAUCCCUAAGACGUUUGGGAAUUGGUUGAGGGCGUUCUGCAUCUUGGCCAGCGUGAUGGGCGAAAAAGUGGCGGAGCGCUCUUCACAGCUCUUUUGUUACCUGGAUGGAAUUUGGGAAGCGUAUCGCACGUAGGGGGUCUGGAAUGGUGGCAAUACGACGUGCAGUUUCGUCAGCGCCUGGCUGCUAAUCCUAGGAUGCGGUGGGACCAGAUGGACCUACCACUCUGGAUAAAACCUAUGAUGGUGCAGAAGGCGUCUCCCUUUCAGCCAGGGCCCGGCAUGGGCACUUCCACCGCCGUGUCGGCCAACCAAAAACAGGGCUAUUGUUGGCUUUAUAACGAGGGACAGUGCAAUUGGGGGGCCACGUGUCGCUUCAAGCACGAGUGCUCCGGGUGUGGAGGCACCCACCGACUCCACAGGUGCUUUAAAAAAGGUAAGUCAGCUACCGCGGCGUGGGUGCCCAGAGGUUCGGCCACAUCCCCUGCAACUGGGGGCAAUGCCAGUGAGCGUCGGCGCAAUGCUACCAUGGCUAAGCCGCUACGCUAACCGGGAAGAUGCGUUGUUGCUCGAGGAGGGGUUUUCUAAAGGGUUCGUGAUCCCAUUUCGGGAACGGGUGGUGGCUCAUCGUCUUCGCAACUUGAAGUCGGCAGGGGAAUUUCCGGGGGUGGUAAGGGAGAAGUUGCUGAAGGAGGUCCAGUUAGGCAGGGUGGCGGGACCGUUCAGGGAGCCCCCUCUACAUAACUUGAGGGUGUCACCGCUGGUGGUGGUACUCAAGAAGGAGCCGGGUAAGUACCGCCUGAUAAAUCACCUGUCCUACCCCAAGGGGUCAUUGGUUAACGACGAAAUUGACAAGGCCCUUUGUUCGGUGUCGUACGUUUCGUUCGACCAGGUG